CCAAGAGGAGACAGAACGCAAGAGACUGGUGCUGCUGCCGAGCCGGGGGAACCACUGUCGAUGCUCCCCCAGAGAUCUUUAGAGAGAAGAGAAGCCGCGGAACAGACAGGGGCGGGCGGUCAAUAAGAACCACUAGAAGGGAGAUGACUUUUACCGGCAGACAGUGGCACACGGACGCAGCUUAAUGUUGUGGGAUUAAUAAGUGUAAAGACAGACAGCUUCCCGCUUCCACACUCAACAUUAUUACAGUGAUUUUUGAAAGAUCGCUCUGUUUCUGAGGUUCUGGAUCAAGAACCUUUCAUCGUGUCUUUGUUUGUUGGAUGAUUUUGGACCCUUAAACAACCGCAGAGAUUUCAACACUCAUCGCGCGGAAUUACAACCAUGAACUUUGUUGUCAGUUUGGUACACAUCCUUUUGGCCGCGGUUCUUCACCUAUCCACUGUAAAGACUGCCAGCAUUAACAAGGGAGUGGAGAAGAGUAAAAAUGAGGUCAUUCUUCUCCCAGAUGUCAUCACCAAGAGUAUGUGUCAACCCAGGGAAGUGCUGUUGGACAUCUUCCAGGAGUAUCCGGAGGAUACAGAACACACCUACAUUCCUUCCUGCGUCGUGCUCAACCGCUGUGGAGGCUGCUGCAACGAUGAAGCCAUGGAGUGUAUUCCCACAGAAACACACAAUGUCACAUUGCAGGUGAUGCGGUUUAGACCACUGGUAUCGCAGCACACUAUUCACUUAAGUUUCACAGAACAUCAAAAGUGUGAUUGCAGACUAAAACCAGAUGUUCAUGCAAAGAAACAAUAAUGUGAUAAACCGAGGAGAUGAGACCGGCAACACUGUUAUGAAGGAAUUCUUUCUUGGCACAGCACUUUGAAACCUGAGAAUGCAUUCCCUGCAAGGAUACAAAAUGACAACGCAAGACAUUCUUGACGCAGAUCUUGCCACAGUCUGUUUUUGCCUAAUAUAUAUAUAUAUAUAUAUAUAUACUAAAAGUACAUCGACAAUAUGUUGUUGCUGCUACAUAUAGAAACUCUAUUUAAAGCGAAACGAAUGCGCCACUGAAGUGUUAACAGGAAAUAUUUCAGUGGCCUGCUCAUGGCUAGUUCUUUUUUGUAACACAUCACUGGAUGCUGGUCUGCUGUAGAUAUGCAUAUCUAAGAUAUAUAUUGGUAACAAAAACUAGUGAGCACAACUUCAAUGAAAGGGUGCAGCAGAAACCCAACUCACCUCCGAACUCGCGGAGGUGAAGGUGAAGCAACUGUUGUACUUGAUCUGAACGGCAGGUCCAAAUACUGUUUCCUUCCGUGACAUGAUGUGAAGUGUUGUCCCCACUGUAUGGACUGACUGGUGUGAGAACAUACUUUAAACGUUUCCUGAAGUGACUGUGGAUGCAGUUUAUAUGCCGAGGUGAUGUAUAAUGUGAAGAUGAUGUUCUUCUCUCAUGAAAGGAUUACGUGAUUAUUGCAAAAACUGAACCAAAACUUGGCUAUUGGUGAUGUUUUAGGAAGUUAAAGGAUUUUAGUUGUUAAAAUAAAAAAAAUUAAAAUUAGAUUAGGGUAGGGCCUAAGUGUUGAAAAGCGACCAAAGUUAAUAAUGGUCUUAAGGUUGAAGUUUCCAUCAGGGUUAUGGGAAAGAAACAACGACCUGAUAUAACCCUUCCCUCGUGAAAUAGCAGAGUUCUCUUUUUGAGCAGACUUUAUUUUUUACAUUUUGAGCUAUUGUGUUCCUUUAACAACUUCUCUUGAGACCAGGCUGUCUAAAGUGAUAUUACUGUAGGUAUAUGCUGAGACAAGCAGUGACUAGAAAUGCUGAUUAUAUAUACAGAUCAGCACCUCACUGUAGAAAUCCACAACCUUCCAGUUCCCUUAUUUAAUAUCUUCUGUGUGUGUUCCAAAGAAAUAAGUCAGGCAUUCACAACAGCGUAGUUGAUCAUAAAUGAUCUGUAUAUACACUUACUAGAUAUCCCUCUAUCUACAUCUAAUUUAUAGAAUAUGCUCAGUAUUCUGAUAUUUAUAUGCAGUGUUAAGGUUAUUUUUGAAACAGUUUCAAUCUGUCUAGAGAUUGAAUGGAGAACAUGUAAGACUGUAAACUCAAUUUUUCUGUGUGAGAAAGGACUGAAAGACGAUGCUUUGACAUUCCUGAUUUAAACUGAAGCUGUGUUUCUCACCAGCUAGAGGGGGAUCGUGGUGGGCUGGUUGACCGAUAGAAACCCCAACCACCAUUAUGUGCGUGAAUGAUGUGCCAACACAGGUGUUUUUCAUUUUGGACUGGGGCGAGGGACAUGUGGUUUUGCACUUGUUGGCCCAAAGGCAUGUCAUAUGGAGGACUGUAGGAGUCUCGUUGCUGCUGCUCAGCUCGGACCUAAUUUAGUGAAGACUGUCCAAUCAGACUGAGGCCUCUGGUCUGCCGGUGGUGAAAUGGCACAGUUUUCUCUCUGACUCUAACAUUAUUUCCUCAUUCCCAAGUAUUACACUGUUAUGUGGUUCAGUAGGAUACAGCCACAUUUCAAACAAACAUUUUCUUUGAUGCUAAACUGUUACCAUAUGAGAAAAAGACCUUCAUUGAUGAGGCCUUAUAGAGACACAAUAGGAUAUAUAGUUCAGUAAAGUUGCAAGGGAUAUAAUUAAUAAGGUAAGGUAUGUGCCACCAUAUAUAUGAUGUAUAUUAUUUCAAAUAGGAGCUGUGCAUUCACAUCAGCUGAUUGUGUGAUAUGAUUUGUCUGGAGGCUGCUAGAUUUCAACAGUUUGGACCUUGUUUUCUCAUGGUCUAAAUUGAUUUAGUUCUGACAUUUAUCUCAUGCAGCCUGGCAGGUGUUGAGGUACUCAGCUGAAAUUAGUCAUUUGUGCUCUUGAAUUAAUAACGUGUGCCUUACAAUUAGUAUUUAUGCCUUUGAAAUAAUAACUUGUGCUCAAAUUAGUGAUUUUAAGUCCAACACAACCCUGGUGAAUACCAUAAAGGAUGUCAAAAGGUAACACUGUUACUGUUACCAUUACAAGCUACAAACAUAAACGCAUGAUUUCAUGGACCUCAGAAAUCAAUCUUUUCAUUGUCCACUGUUUAUUUCAGCUGUGCUGAAACGCCCAUUGUAAAUUGUUUUUCACAAGGAGUGUUGACAGAUGACGAUACAUGGAAUGAUCACUAUUUGAAGGAACAUAUCACUAAUUUGUUUGCAAAUAAUUAUAGUAUUAAAAAAGGUAUGAAUUCCUGAAUAUACUACCUGUGAAAAAAAUGUGCAAUAUGGUCAGAAGAUGGGUCCAGACUUAAAGUUAGUGAUUCUGACUUGUUCCACAAUAUAGUGACACAUUUGGUUUCAUCAAUCCUACCUGUGUUUCUAGAAGUGCCAGCUGUACUACUGCUGUUCAUGUGAACUGACCUGUGCUGCCACCCUCAAACAUGAGGCCUGAGUGUGUUCACUGAGACAGACUGCUGGCUCUGUGCCCACACCUCGCCAGUCCUCUGAUGACAACAUUUUUGUAUUUAAAUGACACACUUUUUCUUGAGUUUGUACAGCCACAUAUUUUAGUAUAUUUUCACAUUAAUAUAUUUAUUGGUGCUGUAAAAUGUUUUACA